UCCAUGUUUUAUAUAGUGCCUUUCACAAUGGGGCACCUGUGGAGGUCAGGUGGACUGAGGUGCCAAAUGGGAGCAGUUGGCAUCAUGGGGGAGAUAUGAAAUGGGGUCUACCUUUCACAAGGAAGCAACACCAAAGUGAAGGCAUUAGGCUGUGAAGGUGUCAAGGCGCUAUAUAGCUCAGCCUCUCCUCUCAUCUGUUUCAGAAGAUGAAGUGGCUGCAUUUACUGCGGAGGAGGAGUCGCCGGUGCCCACGGGCCGACAUGAAGAGGAGGGCAGAUGAACAUCCCAAAGAGAACGCCGAGCAAGAGCCCGACGACAGGCUGGCAAGUGAAGAUGAGCUCCAGGAGGACGGUGCCAAAGGGAAGGUACCGGGCAUGGACCGCCUGUCCAUCAUCCUGACGGAGAAGCGAAUCAGGAAGGAGCAACUGGCGACCGAGCAAUCGCUGCAGGAGGAGUUUGAGAGGGAGUUCCUGGAGGAGGAGUACCCUGAGCUGCUGCUGGACCGCAUCCUGGAGCCCACCCUGAUGUUCAACGGGAAGCCCGACAGCUGGAUCCAGAGCUACGCCUCAUACCAGAUGCCCACCAACUACAUCAUGGAGCUCGUCUUCGAGGCCUUUGAGAACGUGACGGCCACAUCUUGCAUUGAGAUCCUCAACAAUGCACCCACGGUCAUCUACUACAGCUGGUGCCCGCUGCCACACGUGCCAAGCUUCAAGGAGGCACACAGCCUUGUCAAAGUGCAGCGCUUCUACUUCAACAUGAACUCAGGUGUCAUCCUCCCAGGAGACAAGCAGCAGAUCCUCUUCUCAUUUAAGUCACCUGACGCGGGCAUCUUCAGUGAGUCCUGGCAAAUGUCGACAUACCCGGCUCUGCCCGGGGGAGCGGGCAUCGAGGUGAAAAUGCGCGGCGUCGCCCUUCACAUCGACUUGACGGUGGCAGUCUGGCGGGAGAUCGAGCAAGAGCUGCAGGCCAAGGAGGACCAGAGGAUGGUGGUGCAGAUCGUGGAUCGCAUGCUGGCCGGGGUCUGCACUCCUCACCGGCCGAGCUCUCCGGCGAGCACCUACCUCACGCAGGAGGAUGUCUUCCAGCGGCAGAACCCAAGGCUUCACUACGUCCACACGGCAGUGGAGAACCUGAAGGUGCUGUGGAGCCGAUGGAUCGGACCCGGCGAGUGGGACCUGAACGUCACGCACUUCAAGCAGGCCAUCCUCGGCACCAAGGCGGACAAGCAGGAGUGGCUGGAGGAAGCCCUGCCGGAGAUCAACAGCUGCGUCAUGGAGCUCAGCAGGCCUCAGUAUGCCGUGCACACGGACCUCUUCUACCACAUCUGUCUUGAGCUGUGGCGAGAAGUGAUUGACAACAUGGUCGGGCACGCCAGGCUGCUUAGGCAGCUUCUGGGCAUCACAAAGAAGGACAUCUGGGUGGAGGAGCUGCAGGAGAACACCCUGAAUGAGGAAAGCGAAAUCUCAGCGGAUGCCACCCAGAGAGCCAAGGCCAAGAGCGAUAAAGCGGACAAGAAAGACAAGGAGGACAAGAAGGCCAAGAAGCCGCCCCCCGCCAAGAAGGGAAAAGGGAAAGAGAAGAAGGUGGCAGUGAAAGGCUCAGCAGCAGUGCCCACCAGCAAGGAUGGCACGCCCGCCGUCGAGAGCCCAGAAAGCAGGAAGUGUGAGGAGGACCAGCAGCAGCAGCAGCAGCAGUUCCAGCAGAUGCAGUCCGUCCUUCAGGAGAUUUACACCAACGAGCUCAAGAUUCAGGUCAAAGGUUUGCUCAUGUCGAUGGUGGAGAAGAUGAGCAACUUGUUUGAAGAAGUGAGAAAAUACGAGCCUUACAAGGGACAGCAGCUGGCACCAACCCUUUGUUUCUAAACUGCCAACCAUCGCACCCUUGGCCCGGGGGAUGACCACCCACAAAGCCAGCUUUGUUCAGAGCAGGACAACGAGGGAAUGAUGCCACUCAUCAUGGAUGUGCGUAAAAUGGGAAGAACCUGAUUAUGAUGGUGCCCCCUCAGCCUGGCAGAGCCAUACAGCAUUUGAAAGGAACUAUAAUGGGCACUACGUCACUCGAUGCUGGACUGUGUGGCGACAUUUAUGGGCCAAACUGGACACUGAUUCAUCAGCAGCUACAGGCCACAAGGUGGGCAUCUCACGUGCCACUUGUGCCACCCUUCCACUAAAAUUAAAAUGUGACUAGAGUGCCAUGGGGUACAAGGGGUGUGGGUGGACAGACCACCUGUGCCCGCUGCUAUGCAGGUUUUCUUCUGAACCUUCCAAAUGACCCACUCAUGUGACCUGGCUGGUGAUCAAAAGCUUGGGGAGUCCUUGAGACUUCUGGAUGGGCAAGAUGACCAGCUUGUCUAUCUGAUGUCCUCUGCACCGCACCCUGACUCUGUGUGAGCAUGAGACCCUACCAGCUGUGCCAGCUGAACUCCAGUCCAGGUGCUGCGCCACGUAAUGUGCCGUUGUCUUGUGAGAAAACAUAAUGGGCACAGCGGGCAAGCAUUUCACAGACUAAUGUGACUCAAACCCAAGGAGGUCACUGCAUCCUACUGGCCAAGCUGUUGUCCAGGUGGCACUCUCUGCUUUGCCCACCCUUUCAUUUUUUCUCCCAGGUAUCCAUUUCCCUCAGUUGGCACUGGCCUGGCCUUUUGCCUCUCAAAUCCUGCCCAUGUUGGCACCAUGGCUGACAAAUGUGCCCUGGUAAGAGGGUGAAGUCAGAUAGGUGGCCUGUCUCUAAGAGAGAGAGUUGGUGGUAGAGUGGGCAGAUGGCCGAGCUGAUGGUGUGCCCUCCAUUGGCUGGGUGUGCUGGACCAGAGCUUUGUGGCUGUCACCAUGGCUGGCAGCUUCAUUAUUACAGUAUAUAGCACCUUUGCACUAUUGUCACAUUGGUAGUUAAAGUCAACCUUGUGCACCUGAACAGUGUACCACACAUGGCCACCCACUGGUGCCACAGUAGACACAAUGACGCACGACACAGGUGCCCAGAUGUGUAGCACCUUUCCAUUGAGAACCAGUGGGACCUUUACAACUUUACAUGGCUCCCCUAUGAUGAGAGCUGUGCCCGGUGACACUGGUCACUUUAUAUAGCGCCUUUCUGAGGCAGGUGGGCAGAGGGCAGUCAGACAGACAGACAGCGCAGGCGCCUCCACUUCUCACGUU